AUGCCUUAAAGAAAUCAGUUGCCAAACAAUGGCGAUUAUUAAAUUUACAAUUAAGAUAGCUUUCUUCAUUUAAUUAGAACAAGAACUAAGUAGCAAUCUAUUAAUCAGAAAAAGAGAAAAUAAAUGGAUGAUUAGUUUGAGAAACAAAAAUAAAAAGCAGAAUUAUUUGUCCCAAAUUUACUUUUAAAUUAAAAUAUUUGCAGCAAAGCUAACAUAAUAAAAGAGAUUUUUAAAGGAAGAAUAGCAGUUGAUGAACGUUGUAUUUACAAAGCUGACUACCAUGUUUUUAAGAUCAAUAAUAAAUUUUAUGAUUCUUAUUUGAAGCAAACCAAUAUUGCUCAGGGCAAUGACAUCAACAAAUUUUACAUAGCAUAAAUCCUAGAGAGUGAUAAUUAGCCUUAGAUAGUUCUUUAUUUAUUUUAGUUAAGUAUAAUUUUUUCACAAAGAGUAGAUUAAGAGGGUUAUAUUUAGCAAAAUAAUUAUCUCUCUAAUCUAGUUACUUUUAUUAGUUUUAGCUAAUUGUUAGGAACCUAAAUAUGA